AUGGCAAGAUGGGCAUUAUCACAAAGUUCUGAUUGCUCCUUUUGCCUUAAUCCUGAAUCACUCCUUCACGUUGUCGCUGGUUGUCAACAGUACCUUGACCGCUUUACCUGGAGACACGACUCAAUCCGUAACUUCAUUGCUAAGUCACUUCAACCCGUAAUUAAUGUUCACUCUUCACUCUAUGCAGAUGUUAAUGGUUUUCUGAAUCCCUCAAUAAUAACUGGUGAAAAUUAUCGUCCAGAUCUUCUUUUCCUAAUCCAGUUCAAGCGCCUAUAUGUUCUAGAAUUAACAGUUGGUUUCGAGUCUAACCUUAAUGCAGUGCGUAAGAAAGAAAAAUAUCUGAACUUGAUCAACGAAAUGAGUAGAAAUUACAGAUGCGUGAGAUUUGUAAAUCUCUCCAUGAGUUCCCUUGGCGUUUUGUCCGAUGAAUGCUCCACGUUCUUAGACAUGAUGAAUGACAUUGGCAUUGACAAAAAGCAGCAACUUUAUGUAAUCAAGAAAAUGAUAAAAAUAGCCAUUAGAGCAACGUAUUACAUCUUGUGUUGUAGAAAUAGGAACUGGGAUAGCCCAGACUUAAUGCAAUUUAGAUUUUUUUUUUUUUUGCUUUUGUUUUGUUUUGUUUUUGUUUUUGUUUUUUGUUUUUUUUUUCUUUUUAAUAAUCCAAUCUCAAGCAGUAUUUGUAAAUUGCCUAUACGUAGCGAGAUUUACAAUUGUACAUUCAAAAACACAAAUAAAGUUUCCAUUAUUAUAACAGCCGCAAUGACUCGAUGCUUGUGCACUUAAUCUAUCGUUCCUCUUGGUAUUGAGGCAAUUUUAGCGAAUUGACUCAUCCCCCUGGACAAAGGAGAGGGCGCUGUCCGGCCGAUCGGUGUCGGAGAAGUUAUACAGAGGAUAAUGGGAAAGUGUGUUAUGCACGUGACAAAGCCCGAUGUCAUUGACGCAAGUGGUUCUCUUCAAGUUUGUGCAGGGCACGAAAGCGGAAUUGAGACUGCAAUUCAAUGCAAUGCAAUACAAUGCGCAGCAUCUUCGAUGUGGAUGAAACGGAUCCUGUUCUGUUAAUAAAUGCAUCAAACACCUUUAACGCCCUGAACGGAGCUGCAGCACUACAUAAUUUCCGAGUGCUGUGUCCGACCCUGGCUACUACCUACGUGAUAAACACCUAUAGACAACCUGCGCGUCUCUUCAUUACAGGCGGUGAAGACUAAUAUCAGCAGAGGGCACCACACAGGGAGACCCUCUGUCCAUGAGCCUAUACGUCAUAAGUCUUCAACCACUUAUAACGCGACUGCACGUUUCAAGCGCAGCAAAACAGUGUUGGUUUGCUGAUGACGCAACAGAAAGUGGUUCCCUGAAAGACGUGAGGAAAUGGUGGGAUGAACUAUCAGAGAGUUGCCCCCGCUGGGUUACUUCCCUAAUGCCAAGAAAUGUUGGCUGAUCAUCAGACCGGAACGAGAACAGGCUGCCAGGGAGGUGUUUAGAGACACUGCUAUUAACGUCACCACAGAGGGCCACAAGCACUUAGGCGCGGCUCUUUGAUCAAGAUCGUUCCUUAAAGAAUAUGUUGGUGAGAAAGUGGACGAAUGGGUCAAUUAAGUUACUAAACUCGCAGAUUUCGCCAUAUCACAGCCUCAAGUCUGCUAUGCAACAUUCACUUUUGUAAUUUGGUCUGCGGCAAAGUUGGACAUAUUUCCUAAGAACAUUACCGGAUAUUGCAGAAUUAAUUGAGCCACCCGAGCGGGCGAUUAAAAAGGCUCUCAUACCAACCGUCACUGACCAUACAGUCACUAAAGAAGAGCGCCACCUUCUUGCUAUCCCUGUGCGUAUGGGAGGCCUUGGAUUUAUAGAUCUUGUAGUGACCUCAUCUUCUGAAUACAAGGCUUCAAUCAAAGUUACUAAUCCGCUCGUGAGGCGAAUUGUUAAGCAAGAGCACCAGCUGGGGAGACAUUACAUCAUGGCGCUAACAAAGCCCCUGAUGCCCAUUUGGAUAUUCAUGCUCGAGGUUUUUGGGAGAGACAGAGAUUUGCAUUCUUCGACGUUCGGGUGUGUCACCCUAAUGCAGACUCUUACUGAGACUUGA